UUUUGAGAGGGGGGGGGGGGGGGCGUUUCCAAAACUGGUCUUAGCUUUACCUUUAAAAAGGUCACUCCUUAAAUUUUCAUUUACAGCCAUCGCACGAAGUUAAGCCGGUACCGCCUACGUAGAGGAAGCAAGGAAGCAAUAUGUCCGCUCCAUCCCUGGACCCCAUCCUGCCGUUACCUCUAGACCAAGCACUAUUGAAAGAUGUGCAGGACCAAGCAAGGGACUUUGCAUACAGCCAUGGUGUGGUCAUGAGGAUGCCCCACCGGCCAGAAAGGUCAGAGGUCAUCUGUCAUGCUCCGUACACACUGAUCCCGUCUCCAUUUCCGAGGGUGUUCUUUGAGAAAGCCAAGAGGCUUCAGCAGGCCAUUAAUUUGCUCUUGUAUAGAGUGAGUCAAAACAGAGACUUCUUGACACAAACACUGUCCAGAACAAUAGAAGGGGAUGAUUUCACAGGCAAACUAUUCAAGAUAUAUCAGCAAGUGCAUGAUGAAAAAAUACCGAAAGUAAGCUUAUUUUGUUUUAUUUUGAUUAUUUUUUGUUAUUGUUGUUGUUUUGUUUAUUUACAGGACAUUGAGUUAGGCCUUUUAAGAACAGACUACAUGCUUGAUACUGCCCGGGGUGAGUCUGGUAAUCUUGCGCUGUCAAUGGUUGAAAUGAACACAAUGGCUGCUUCCUUUGCUGCCCUAGCAACUAAUGUAACACCAUUACACAGGUAUGUCCUUGGACUAUGCCGCAAAGAGUUUGAACCGUCCUGUAUACCAGAUAAUCAAGCAAACAAAGGUUUGGCCCAAGCCAUUGUCAAAGCAUUCCACCUCUAUGGUCAACCCAGUGCUGCAGUAUUCUUCAUCGUCACCUCCAAAGAACCCAACAUCUUUGACCAAAGGUUCCUGGAGUAUGCCAUCACAGACUGCGACCACAAGAUCAAAGUCAUGAGGAAAACAUUGGGUGACAUCGGGCACAGAGGUGAACUCACAAAGGACAGGAGGUUAUUCAUAGAUGGCACAGAAGUCGCAGUUUUGUAUUACCGAUCAUGCUAUACUCCUCACCAAUUUCCAACAGAGUUUGAAUGGAAGGGGAAACUAAUGGGAGAGCAGUCUAGAGCUGUCGUCAGCCCGUCGAUCUCAUGGCAUCUCGUUGGAACCAAGAAGAUCCAGCAGGAACUAGCCAAGCCCGGGGUCCUGGAACAGUUUGUUGAGGACCAGGAGGUGACAGAUUUCAUCAGGUCCUCGUUUGCGGGCCAGUACUCCCUAGAUCUGACUCCCGAGGGGGAUGAAGCUGCCCGAAGAGGUAUAGAGAAUCCAAGGAGAUAUGUCAUGAAACCUCAGAGAGAGGGUGGAGGCAAUAAUAUCUACGAUGAUGAGGUGCGGACCAUGUUGGAGAAGUUGGCAGGCAACCAAGAGAGGGAGGGCUUUAUCUUGAUGGAUCGCAUCCUUCCCCCCAUCCAUCAGAACUACCUGCAGCCAUGCGGGGUAUUCGAUGACCUCAAACUGUCAAAGGUCAUGAGCGAGCUGGGAAUAUACGGGACGAUUAUAAGUCAUAAUGGUGAAGUUGUGCUGAAUGAAAGUGAGGGCCAUCUCCUGCGGACCAAGCACACGGAUGAGAACGAAGGGGGAGUGGCUGCAGGAGCAUCCUGUGUGGACAGUCCUUUCCUAACUUGACGAUGGUCAUGCCAAUCAUCCAGCUCCCUGGCCGGGUGUGCUUCCGAAAUUUCAAAUCUUAUGUCAAGGCCAAUUGUAAAACAGGUCCUAUUUUCUCAUAAAGAAAUUUUAUAAAAAAAUAAAAGGAAAUGAUCAGAUGAAAAUACACAAUCAUUUAAUUUGUGAGAAUAAAACAAAUAUAUGAUCAUACAUGCUUAUAACUGUACUUACAGGUGAUCUGUUAUUUGCUCUAGAUUUUAUUUCAUCUAAAUCAUAGGUGUUGGGGUUAGAGUUAGAGUUGCAGUUGGGUUUCGAGGUAGGUUUAGGGCAAUUUUCUGGUUCCAAAGAUAAUUUGUGAGAGUCAUUUUCCAAAGUUAUAGAUUUAAUUGUCUGUUGAGAGCAAGAAGGGCUCUAACUCCAUGUUCAAGUAUAUGUGUGAACACCCUUCUAGCAUCAAACAGAUGUGUACUUUACUGUCAAAACCUUUAUAAGGCCAAGUCUUUUGAAUAUCAAGUUCUGUGUCUCUGGUGACUUUUUGUAUUGAUUGUGUAAAAAGGCCACCUGUCUACAAAUGCCAUUCAUUCUGUUUCGUGGCCUUUAUAUACAAGAUUGAAUGUAUACAGUGUAUUUACCUCAUAUAGAAUAUUAUGAGUAAUUAUGAUUGAAAAUGUAAACAUCAUUAUACUAAUCAUCAUUAUGUGAAGAGACACCCUUAGUUUCAAAUAAAAGUGUUAUGCAACUGUAACUCUGGGUGUGCAAUAUUUGGAACAGACUUUUAUCAUUUUUAGUAGUCAAGAUGAGACUCGACUUGUCAAGUGAGAAUUUUAAGUUGAUUCUUAUUUUAAGUUUAUUAUUAUGCUUAAACUUUAGCAUUAAUCAUGAUUUAUCUGUGGUAGUAUCCAAUACUUUUACAGAAUAUAUUACUUUCACAAUUAUUUCCACAUUAUUGAUUUGUUAUGUGCAAAAAAAUUACAUGAGUAAGUGGCUUAGCCUUUAUAUUGUACUGUGAUUCAUCAUCCAAUGUGUAUAUUUGAUUCAUAUAUUUGCCAAUAAAUCAUGAUUUAUUUAACUAACA